AUGACGUUUCUUGGCGGAAUUGGUAAUUUUUCUCGAUCUAUUUUUCGCUUCAUUACCGUCAUUAUUUUUCAUAACACAACCGAUGAUCUGAAGAAAAAUUUCUUGGCUUUUAGUGCUGGACUCCUGGCCUUCCCUUUCAACAUUCCAGGAACUACUUAUCACAAAUGCUUGAAGGGACGCAAGAAUGUGAUGAAAUUGUUGAGGAAGUUGUCAGCUGAAAGAAAAAAUUCGCCUCAAAAAACAUGCACCGAUUACCUCGAUUUUGUCAUCGAAGAACUGAGGAAUGAUAAUUCAAUGCUGACAGAAAGCGUGGCUCUGAAUUUAAUGUUUGCUCUUCUUUAUGCAAGCAGUGAGACUCCAGCUCCAGCACUUUGCCUUGCCGUUAAAACUCUAGCUGAUCAUCCGAAAAUCUUGGAAGAACUAACGGAAGAACAUGAUGCAAUUAUUAGGAGCAGGAAGGAUCCAAAUUCUGGAAUUACAUGGGAGGAGUAUAAAUCUAUGAAAUUCACUUAUCAUGUUAUUAAUGAAACAUUGAGAUUGGCAAAUAUAGCCCCUGUAAUUUUUAGAAAAGCUUUGAAGGACAUUCAUAUAAAUGGAUAUACAAUUCCAGCAGGAUGGGGAAUUAUGAUUUGUCUGUUAGCUGUUCAUCUCAACCCUGAUUUGUAUGAGGACCCACUCACAUUCAAUCCAUGGAGGUGGAAGGAUACCCCUGAGAAGUCUGUUGGGACUAGGAAUUUCAUGCCCUUUGGUUUAGGGAUGAGGCUAUGUGUGGGGGCACAAUUUACCAAAUUGGAAAUGGCUAUUUUCCUCCAUUAUUUGGUUACAAAAUACAGGUGGAACUCUAUUAAAGGAGGAAAUACUACUAGGUCUCCAGGAUUAAGAUUUCCAGAUGGAUAUCAUAUUCAAGUUUUCUCCAAAGAAUGAAAUAAUGUUAAUUAUUCCAUCAACAACAAAAGUAUAUAUACUAUAAACUAUAAAAUCACUUGUUAAAGUGCAUUUUAUAGGAUUCAUUUUGAGACUUUAGUGGUAAAAUUGUUUGAGGAUGAUUCUCAAA